AAAUCAUUCACUUGCAUCCUCCGGCAUCGUCUAGAUUCGUUGCUGAACAUCUCAGGCUCUCAGCUACAUUGUACGUCAGAGCCCAGAGGAAGGCUAGCGAACGUAUGCCGGCCCAUGCCCUGGAGACCUCUACCCGUCUGCACUGCCAGUAUAAAUCAGCAAGCGCGCAGCAUCAGUCAUCUCAAGCCUCCACUACCCCUCCAAAAUUUAUCGCUCCCUAGAUUGGCUGUACAUCCAUCCCGUGCCUACACCACCGGCAAGUCUCUUCUACAAAAAUCGCUCCGUCAACCCUGUCUGCCAUCUUCAAGGCAUUUUCAUAACACUACAUCACUCGAAACAGCAAAAACCAUGACCGACACAAACGUCGAGGCUGCCAAACGCGCGGCUGCACAGCAGGCCGUAGCGGACCACUUUGAUCCGGCGGCAACCCAUGUUGGAAUUGGAUCCGGCACCACCAUUGUCUACGUCGUCGAGGCUAUCAAGCAACGGUCGACCAACCCCAACAUUCUCUUCGUCCCUACCGGCUUCCAAUCGCGCCAACUGGUCGUCAAUGCCGGACUCACUGCCAUCUCCUUUGACAGCCUCCCCGACCACGUCAUGCUCGACGUAGCAUUUGACGGCGCCGAUGAAGUCGACGCAGAGCUCAACUGCAUAAAGGGAGGAGGCGCGUGUCUGUUCCAGGAGAAGCUAGUCGCUGAGCGCGCCAGAAAAUUUGUUUGUGUCGCAGACUACAGAAAAAGACAGGACCGCCUCUUGACAAACUGGCCCACCAUCCCUAUCGAGGUCGCCCCCCUGUCUCAGCUCAAGGUCGCCGGCGCGCUGAGGAUGCUGGGAUCAACAGGCCCCAAACUAAGGACGACGCUACUGGAGAAGUCAGGGCCCCUGAAGACGGACCAGGAUUUUUACAUUAUUGAUGCGCCUUUUCCCCCAUUGCUUACAUCCGCGGAUGUAGCAGCGGGUAAAGGAAAGGGUGACGGUACGGACGGUACGUGGGAGGUCAACACCCUGAGCAGGGCUAUCAAGGGUCUUACUGGUGUCCUCGAGGUUGGCAUUUUCUCGGGCCUAAAUGGCAUCGAUGCACAGGCGCUACGUGAGCAGGACCAAAGCACAAAGACUGUCCGCGGCGGCCAGAAGCCCGUCGCCGUCUACUUUGGCAUGCAAGACGGAAGCAUCAAGGUGCGCACUAUCGAGGGCGAGACAUAAAAAACAGAGCUGAGCGCGGAGAAUUCUGGCCAAACACUAAGCCAGGUGGUAAAACAACGGCCGAAAUCUACACAGCAAAUACAUUUCUGUUCUUCCUU